CGCAUUAUAGCAUAUGCUUCUCUCAUCAAAAAGCACAGCCACAGAGAGCUUCAGCAUUUUUAUUCUUACAAAACUAUUAUUAUUCAUCACACCAAAAUCCAAAAAAGGAAGAGACACAGAAGAGAAGAGAAGAGAGAGAUAGAGAAAGACAUUCAUCAUCAAACCAUCUUCCUUCCUAUGGAUCUAAUCAUCUCUUCUUGAUUCUAUCCUCCAAUCUCUUUGUUUUCUUCAAUCUCAAACUUUCUUGGAUAUGGCCACGGUGGGCGUAGAGCCUAGUGCCGCGGUUAGAGACUCUACUGCAAACGCUGCUACUGAUGUUGAUAGGUUACCUGAAGAGAUGAAUCACAUGAAAAUUCAAGAUGAUAAAGAAAUGGAAGCUACAAUAGUAAACGGCAAUGUCACAGAGACUGGUCACAUAAUAGUGACUACCAUAGGUGGAAGAAACGGCCAACCAAAGCAGACAAUAAGUUACAUGGCAGAGCGUGUUGUUGGACACGGCUCCUUCGGCGUUGUCUUCCAAGCGAAAUGUUUAGAGACAGGAGAAACCGUAGCGAUAAAGAAAGUGUUGCAAGACCGUAGGUACAAGAACCGUGAGCUACAAACAAUGAGACUCCUCGACCAUCCAAACGUUGUCUCUUUAAAACACUGCUUCUUCUCAACAACCGAGAAAGACGAGCUUUACCUCAACCUGGUCCUCGAAUACGUUCCGGAGACAGUACACCGCGUUAUCAAACACUACAACAAACUCAACCAACGCAUGCCUAUCGUCUACGUCAAACUCUACACCUAUCAGAUUUUCAGGUCGUUAUGUUACAUUCACAGAUGCAUAGGCGUGUGUCAUCGUGACAUAAAGCCUCAGAACUUGUUGGUGAAUCCACACACUCAUCAAGUGAAGCUGUGUGAUUUUGGAAGUGCUAAAGUAUUGGUCAAAGGAGAGCCAAACAUUUCGUAUAUUUGCUCUAGGUAUUAUAGAGCACCUGAGCUUAUUUUUGGAGCUACGGAGUAUACUACAGCCAUUGAUGUCUGGUCUGCAGGAUGUGUUAUGGCAGAGCUUCUUCUUGGUCAGCCACUGUUCCCUGGUGAGAGUGGCGUUGAUCAACUUGUAGAGAUUAUUAAGGUAUUGGGAACACCAACAAGGGAAGAGAUCAAAUGCAUGAACCCCAACUACACUGAGUUCAAGUUCCCUCAGAUUAAAGCUCAUCCAUGGCAUAAGAUUUUCCACAAGAGGAUGCCUCCAGAAGCCGUUGAUCUGGUCUCAAGGCUUCUUCAAUACUCUCCUAGUCUCCGUUGCGGUGCUCUUGAUGCAUUGGUCCACCCGUUCUUUGACGAGCUUAGAGAUCCGAAUGCAAGGUUGCCUAAUGGACGUUUCUUUCCACCACUGUUCAACUUCAAGCCUCAUGAGCUUAAAGGUGUGCCUGUGGAGAUGGUGGCUAAGUUAGUACCCGAACAUGCAAGGAAGCAGUGUCCCUGGCUCGGUUUGUGAUUUAUCUACUGUUAAAAACACAAAAACUAGAGGGAACAGUCUGAGAAAUUCACAUCUCUCUCUCUGCCUUCUCAGUUUUGUUACUAUUAUUCAAUCUCAAUAUGAUGAUUAUAUAACCCCUUGUUUGUUGUAGUGAGUAGAGAAAAGAGUGAAUCAUUGUGGGGGUUAUGAUCUUGUAAAAGUCAACAAAGUUUUUAAUAAUUUUGUAAGAGAGUUUGGAGUUUUUU